UUGGACUGGAUGUAAUUUGGACCCGGGAAGCUUCUGGGAUCAAACGCCCGUCUGAGUCUAUAGAGUAACCGGAAAAUGGCGACUGAUUCCGACGCUCGGACUGUAUCUAUCUCUGACAUUCUGGACCAUGGGUCGAUAUCUUUUGGGAGAUUCGCUGUGGAGUCACUUGCAUGGGAAAAGAGGUCGGUUUUCUCCCACAACAGAUGUCAGGAGGAGCUCGAGAAGUUCAAGGCCCCUGGAUUUGUUGCUCAAAAGAAGGCAUACUUUGAGGAAUAUUACGGAAGAGUUAGAGCUAUGGCGGCAUUACAAGUGAAACAGCAACAGACCACCCAUCCCGACUCAACGAGCAGCACGACACAAGAGGAAAAUGCUGUUGAUGCUGACUUAAUGAAAGGGGAAAAGAUGCGCACCAAUGUAACUAAAAUGCAGAAAUUAGGGAACGAAACCGCUGCUAACCUGAACUCAUCAGAGGGCGGCAUUGUGGAGGGAUUGAAAGAAAUUAACCAAGAAGAAUUAAGUUGCCAUGUUGAAGACAGUGACAAAGCUAACAUGACAGGUGGAACUAGUAAAUCCUUAUCCACCAUUGAACCCGAGGAUUCUGUAAAAGGGGCUUACUCUUCAUCAGUCAAUAAGAGCUCUGGAACUGCCAAGCAUGACUUUCCUGUUCACGACACAGCCAAGCAUGAUGCCAACAAGCAAAAUAAACAAGCAACCAUUCAAAAGGCAACAGAUUCUUCUAGAGAAAAUGAAAUGCAUUUGGACUGCAAAAUUACAAAAGGAGCUGUUAAACCAUCUGAGAAGCUGAAGCCAUCCCUUCAUCACGAUAUUACCAGCAAGAGAGAUGAUGGUCUUGUUUCAGCUAAGGGUACACCUCAGCCUGCAAAAGUCAACAACUAUGUUUCUUCCCAUAAACAAAGGGCUGAAGUACGCUCCAUUGCCACUGCUCUGCACAAUUCAUUAGCAAGGGAGAUGUCAGUGAAAUCUCCUGUUUGUAAUGCUGGUCAGGUGAAGGCAAAUUCAACUUCCAAAGUAUUGUUAGAGAAGUUACCAACAAAGUUGCCACUGCACGCACGAUCCACUAAGGUACACUAUCUUAGUUAUAUUCAUAUUGGAUUCUCAACUCGCUCUUCCACUGAUGGUUUGCCUUGUUGGUCAUGGGCACCUAUAUAUAUGCAGGGCAUUACAGAGGAGAGUGCUAUUACUGACCACUUGACAAAGCGGGCUCUACACGGCAGGAGGAGAUGUGAUGGAGAUGGUAGAAAGACUUUAGAGCCUAGUGUCAGCCAAAUGAGACCCAAGCGUGGAGCAUCUAAGAACCAGAGAUCAAACGUCAUGUUUACAAACCAUCCCAUUCAGAGCAACUUGAAUCAAGAUUGUGGAGUUGAAUUUGGGCACAAGACUUAUGUCCAAGGACCGCAGAAAAAGGGAGAAGACAAAAGGAAUACUGGGCUUGGAAAAGUAUUCAAAUCUGCCUCAACUAAUUUGUCCAGUACUAACAAUGCUCCGAAUCCAAAACUGGUUCCUAAGGUAGGAUUAUCGAGGCCUGUAGAGCUGAGACAUACUCGAAGAGAACCAAGGUAUAUUGUUCCCUUUCCAAUUACAAUUCCCCUUCUAAUUUCUUAACUGGAACUAUAUACUGUUUAAGGUUAAGACUUGAGCAUCUUAAGAGUAUUUGGUGACUGAUAUUUUACUCCGGAGAAACAUGCCCCCGUAUGCACAAGAUUUUAUGGCAUGUCAUGUUCUGGUUAUUGUCAGCACAGAUGAGUGAGCGCAUGCACUGUGAUUCUGAGUCCUGACUUUUGAAUGUUUGUAAUGCAGACCCAAGAUGCCAAGUUGGCGAUAAAAGUGAAACUUGGGCAAUCUGUGAUGGCCUAUGCAACCGAAUGUAUUUGCACGGAAUUUAGGAAUUCAUGGAAAAGGUUGCGAAAAGGAACUAACC